UGCGGUGGCUCGGGUUUCCUGUGUGGCAACUGGCAAGUGCAAUAUUUAGUUUGGGGAUGGAGAACCACAAUGGCAACGGAGCGUCGGAGAAGGUGGCGGCCAUGGGAGGAACAGGACGGAGCCGGUCGGAGGUGGGGCUGAGGGUGGCCGGAAUGGUGCUGACACUGGUGGCGGCUGUGGUCCUUGGGGUUGACAAGCAGACCAAGGUGAUUCCUGUAUCCGUCGUCUCCACUUUGCCCCCCUUGAAUGUUCCCGUCACCGCUAAGUGGCAUUACUUAUCGGCCUUUGUGUACUUCGUGGUGGUAAACGCGGCGGCAUGCGCGUACGGCGCGAUCUCAUUGGUGGUGGCACUGGGCAGGAGGGGCGGUGGAAAUAGGAGGGGCAUCAUGGCGGUGGCGAUCGCGCUCCUUGACGUGGUGAUGGUGGCCCUGCUCUUCUCCGGCAACGGAGCCGCCGCGGCAAUCGGCGUCAUGGGCUACAAGGGCAACUCGCACGUGCGGUGGGAGAAGGUCUGCAACGCGUUCGGAAAGUUCUGCCACCAGGUCGCCGCCGGCAUCGUUCUUUCACUCCUUGGCUCCGUCGCGUUUCUCUUGCUGCCGGUGAUCUCUGCCUUGGAGAAGAAGACCUAAUUAAUUAAGACCAGACCCGCCCCUUCUCCUAAGCUGUUCUUCUGAUGAAGUCUUUAUCAGUUUCAGGAAAUAUUAAUGUUGUAGUAAACUAGAUCCAGAUUUGCAUUUGGUUGGACAUGUUGUAUAAUUCUUUCCCAGAAUUUGGGAAGUUCUUUAAUUUCCACUUCCAGUACGAUAAUUAUUGGUUUUAA